UUUUUCGGGAAACUGUCGCCUAACCAAACUGCCAUGAUAGUUUACACUAGUAUUUCUUUCGACGAGAGCUUUCAUUGUUUCAUGUUUAGUCCUAAAAUUAUCUCGAAUCGUCUAGAAAGUUCACAAAGCUACACCGCGUGUCAUCGAGAGAGACAUCAGUUAUUUCGUUUCGUCAUGAAUCCAACUUAACAUAGUCAUUUAAUUUUCUUUCUGCGAAACAUUCGGCGUAUUUUACAUUGGCGACCGAGGACAUUUUUCCCUAGACUGCGCAAGAGCGGCUGUGAAUGCAUUCGAGAACGAGUCAGCGAAUCGUUGAGGUUAGGUUCGGGGGAGCGCGCGGUCGUCGGUCGCGGUGGCGAUUCGUGAUCUCGCCGGCGCAAAGUCGGUCGUGAGUCAUCGCACGGAGACUCCACGUCGACGAGGGACGCAUGUGAAGGCUCUCGUGGCUCGCCGAUCGCCCUCCGCACGCCGUUCACGGUUACGUCGCGAGUCCUCGAGCUUCCUCAUGCGGCCACUUGGAUUAUGACACCAAUGGACUCCGACUCCGAAAGCCAAGACAGCGAUGAGGGCCGGCGCUUUCGCUUCGAGACCACGCGCAAGGACCCGGCUGCGCCCGUGGAUACGACGAGCAGGAUCAGGUCGCCGAAGAAGAAGUCGAAGCACAAGUCGUCGCGCUGUGACGACAGCAAUAGGCAUUACCGCGAGCGGAAAGAACGCUCUAAGUAUGACAGCGCCAGGAAGACUGACGACAAGGACCUCAGGCACUUGAUCAAGCACACCAAGCACGAGUCCUGGAGCAGCUCGCGACAAGAGGACGGAAGCAAGAACUCGCACAAGGACCACCGGGACAUCAGAGACGCGUCGGCCGCCAGCGACCGCGGCUCCAGGCACUCCAGCGGCGGCGGUGACACGCGGGAGAGAUCGCGGGACUCAAAACGCCAGUCGGACAGGGACUGGAGCGUUCAUCGGGCGCAACGGUCGCGAGAACACUCGUAUGAGAAGAACCACGAUGAGUUGCGGGGUUCAGGCGACAAACACCGGAACCGGUGCCGCGAAAGGCACAAACAUCGUUCUCGGGACAGGAGUCGGGAGCGUUCUUAUCAGUCGACCAAGGUGAAAUCCUCAAGCGGCGACCGAUCUCGAGAGGACCACAGCAAACCGGACUCCAGCAGAAAGUUGGCGGUGAAGGAGAACAGAUCGCAGAACUCGAGAGAUCACUCGUCGCCGAAAAGCGUGGAACGCGCGCGUAGCCACAGCUCCGAGAGCCGCUCGACGCUCGUGCACCUCGCGGAUACGAGAAAGGAGUCGUCGUUGGACGCUCCAGACUGCAAGGAGCUGGACCUGUCGCAGUUCGACGUGCUGUCGGAGACUGAUGAGAACACGUCCGACGGCCCGGACUCGCGAUGCCGUACGUUGUCCUUGCGCCACCGUGAGCCGACGCGCGAGCACGACUUCAGCGAAGAUCAGUCCGAGAGUCGUGAGCCGCCGGAGAAACGAGCGCGAACAGAGCAACGGCAUGGGCGCAAGGUAAAAACGAUGGACGAUGAUAGCGACAAGGACAACGACGGCCCGGUGUCCGGCUCGAGUAAUAAUAAUCCUAGUGCCGUUUCAGAUCCUUCACUAGUCUCGUUCGCGACGAGCUCCGUGAAAACGAGAGACGCGCGCGUGGAUCCCGUGAGAGAAAAAUCCGGGGACCGUGAAGAGGAGAAAACAGCGCUCGCUUACAACAGCAACGACGCGGAGCGUUCGGUUUCGAGAGAGAGACAUUCGCGGCACGCCUCGGCUGUGGACCGGAUGUCUGAGUACUAUCCGAUUUUGAUGUCGGAAAUCAUACGUUCUAAUACGUUUGUCGAUGAGGCAUUCAAGACGUCGAGGCAUCUCGACAGUAGCCGCGCGUCGCGAAGGAAAGUGACGUCGAUCCACGACGACGGCGGCGUGGACAACGGCGAGAGGACGGUGCGCCUCAUCGGGCCUUGCUUGCCGUCGAGCGAUGAGACGAGGAGUAUCGUCGAGUCACGAGCAAACGACCGGAGAGAGCGAGGAGUCGCGGAGCACGAUACGCCGGAAGAAGCGGCCUUCGGGCCGGCACUGCCACCGCAUUUGUUACAACGAAUGCGCGACAACGAGUCGCGGCGAGACAAGUUCAUCGGACCUGUACUGCCUGACACCGUGAAGAAAGCAUCGCGCGAAGCUCUCCCUGUAGGAUCCGACGAUGACGAUGAGCACGCGAUAGGACCAUUGCCCGCGGAUCAUCCGGCUCUGAGGAACAGCCGCGUGUAUGAGCAACUAGAUCUGAGAGCGCAUAGAAUCAGGCAUGAGGGCUACUCCGAAGAGGUUGAUGUCGGUAACAAACGCGAGGAAUGGAUGACCGAGUUACCGCCAGCGCAGGCUGCCAAUCUUGGAUUGGGCCCACGCAAGUUCCGGGUCAGAGAUGGUCCGGAUAUGUCGGACAGGUCGUGUUGGACCGACACACCCGCGCAAAAAGCUCAGAAGCAAAGAGAAUCGGAAGCGAGAAGACUUAGCAGUACGGAAGAAUCGAACAGGAGACGCGCAAAAGAACGUCACAAGGAGACGGACAAGAGUAGCAAGCACGAGAAGUCUCUGUUGGAGAUACACCAAAGUAAAAUGGCCAAGAGAAAAAAGCAAGAAGAGAAGGAGGCGAAGCUGAGCGGAAGUUCAACCAGAAGGCCGUUCGACAGAGACAUCGAUCUGCAAGUCAAUCGAUUCGAUCAGGCACAGAAGAAGACUAUCUUCAUGAAAGCGCGAAUGCUCGACGAUAGAUUCUCGCGCGGACAAAUCUAAACUUGUGCCACGUGAACGGGACUACAGUUACGAUGGGAUAUUUGCUAAUCGCGGAGUGAAGUUCUCGAUUGAACGCAUUCAAAAAUUGGCGGAUGUCGAAUCGACAUUCGACAUCGUACAGAUUGGUGCCUUGAAUUGAGCGAGUUCCGAUAUCUUUAUCCGAUAUCUUUAUUUAAUAAGUAAAGAAUCUUAAGUAAAUGUUUUUGGGUCACUUUUGCCAAGCUCUGGUUAAACUAACUGCUUUAGUGAUCUUGCAGGAUUCCAUCUUAGCUGCUAUUGGAGAAAAAAAUGAGAAGUUACAAAUAUGGAUUAGAGUAACGCUACAAUAAAGUAAGCAUAAAAAUGCACGUCAAAUUUUCUAUUAGGAUAUUAGGACGUGUACUUUCAUAUUUAACAGUAGCGUUAUCAACUCAUACUUAUAAUUCUUUACUUUCCAUUUUUUUUCAAUAGCUAUUUUAGUUGAAAUCCUGCAAAGUUACUGAAACGGUUAGCUUAAGCGGAUGAAAGUGGUUCUUAGAGAGCGGGUGAAAUACGUACUUUAGCCUAGUUACAUUCGUACUUUUUUAUCGUGAUCUAUAUAAUUUAACACAAUGCAUAUUGAUCACGCGGACUGACGCUUUCGCGAAGUUUUAUUUAUCGAUCGGCGAGUUCAGUCGCACGGAGCGGCUGAGUUUUUUAUUUUAUUUCCGCGGAAUGUGCGGCGUUUUCUCUUAUCGUCGCAGCCUUUCAUAAAAGAGUGCGAAGUCAUAAUCAAUUUACAGGAAAGAAAAAUUUCAGUUCGGGGGCCAGAUGAAAGAUUCCCCGACGAGAAAUGGUAUCUCUGUUACUGUGACUGAAAACAUUUGUCUGAACAUCCAGCUGCAAUUAAAAUUCGGCUGAGAUAACUGAGAGGCAAGUAGUUACGUAGGAAUUUUUCUGUUCUCACAACUGAGUUUUGUAUCUGGCUCCCAAGUGAGAGAAAAGUCAUACUAACGGAAUUAUUUUUCCUGUGUACUAACGUAAUGUAAAUUUACUCAAAUACGUAUGCGUUGGGUACGAGCCAAGCAUAUUGUUUUAGAGGAAUCUUUCGUAACUUCGUUAUUUCUUUCCUAUAAAAAGCUUUAUUUCGUAAUACGGCACAACGACGUAUGUGUGUCACGGUUCAGACAUGACAGUGUCUUUUAUAAAUAGCGUUCGUUAUACAUACGUCGACACGAUGUAUAUAGAAUUGUUCUUGUAAUUAUAUCUUAAGAACAAACUGAUAGAAUUGUAAUGAUGAUAGUAACAACGAUGGAUCGUACGGCCAAUUUCCGCGUGCGCUUGCACGCACGCGCGAGUGUUAAGUAGACACGCCGCUUAUUGUAUUCGUUCGUCGCACGAUUUUCUAAGCGAGACAAGUACAAAAUAGUGUAAAAUACUUAGCACAGAUGUACACACGUACGUACCUCGAAAUACGUAGUUAUUGUGAAUGCGAGUGAUUACGUGAUCAUGAUACUUUCAAACACGAGAUUAAGUGAUAUUACUAAUAUCGCUUGCGCUUUUACGUCGCAUUAAACAAGAUAAAUUGUAUCAUUAAGAUUUGUACCAUGCAAUAUUUGACCGUAAUUUCUCAACGAAAUUAUGCAUACUUAAUUGCAUUUCGAUACAUAAAGGUCGAAUGUGUCAAUUAAAA